GAGGUCUUACUAAUGCAUUGUAAAGUUUUAACAUUACUUCCCUUGAUUUAAAUUCAACACUUCUCACAAUAUAUCCGAGCAUCUUGUUGGCCUUUUUUAUAGCUUCCCCACAUUGUCUAGAUGAAGACAUUUCUAAGUCAACAUAAACUCCUAGGUCUUUUUCAUAGUUCCCUUCUUCAAUUUCAGUAUCUCCCAUAUGAUAUUUAUAAAAACGCCUUGCCCCGGGAUAAUGCCAAGUGUAUCAUAUUGUAUGGACUUAUGUAUAAAGAAAAACACAAAAGCUUCGGUUUUGUCAUUUCAGGUUUGCAGUUAACGUUCUCUCGUGUUUAAUAUUUUAGAAUUAGAGGCAGCAAAAUAGGCUAUGGGAAUUACAUGGUCAUUUUAAUUAAUGUGUCAACAUAAGAUUUAAACGCUUACAAAACUCAGAAAUGUUGCUGAAUUUGUCAUUCAGGGUUGUUUUUAAAAAAUCUAUUUUUCUGUUUGUUACUUUUUUUGCGGUCAGCACUUUUAAAGAUUGUUUCAAUAGCAAUUCGAGUUUCAAUGUUCCAAUGUACUGUAGCGUUUCACAAGAGGCAGAAAACAGGAGAGACACGCUUGUUCCUUUUCAAAUCCUUUCUCUUUAUUUAUUUCUACUGCGGGACACUCUCUCGAGCACCCAGACCCAGACAGAGUCCACAGCUCUGUCAGCUUCACAGGAUUCACACACAGGUACACAGCAAACGUGGCUACCAGAACAACAACAACAGCUGUGUCGCAGCGACUUCUUAUAGAUUACCUCACCCCCACCCCAUAUGUUGAUGAGAGGAGAGCAAUACACACAUCCCAUUAGUCCACACACUUCGGGCCAAUGGGAACACACGGAACAUGAGCACACACAGUGUCUCACAGACAGAGGACCAAUCACAGGGGAGACACAGACCAUGCACUACAAGACUGAUACAGACAAACAGGACCAGGGAAGACACAGAACAUGCCCACACUCAGACCAGGAUCACACAAACAGAGAUGCCAGAUCUCCAACUCUGGAGCCUGACAUUCUGCACCCUCGAUUGAGGCUGUCGGAGAGCCGGGAGACGGUGAGCUGCGGUUGGUUGCGGAAGUCCUAUCCUGACGGGCCCCUGAGAUUUGACAAGCUCUGGCAGGUGCUGAGCCGGGACUCAUUCUUUGCAGGUCGCCAUUACUGGGAGGUGGACCUGCACCGUGCCUGUAAGGGCUGGUGGAUUGGGGCAGCCUACCGCUCUAUGAGCCGCAAAGGGGACACAGAGGCUUCCCGUCUGGGUUGGAACAGGGGCUCCUGGUGCAUGAAGCGCUUUGACUUGGAGUAUUGGGCCUUCCACAACGGUACCAGGACUCUUGUGCUGCUGGAAGAAGAUACAGACCGUAUUGGUGUCUUUCUGGAUUACGAGGCAGGCACCCUCAGCUUUUUCGACACCAUGUACGGCAUGAGGCACCUUUACACCUUUAAGGCCAACUUUACAGAGCCAGUGUAUCCAGCUUUGAGGCUCUGGGAGGGGGCUAUUACUUUCUGUAAACUCACCUGACACCAAUGCUCAAAUUCUUUAUGUUGUGCUUGAUAACGAAGCUGUAUUUGAUUUACAAUGACCUGUAACUGAUUACUACCACAACAUUAAUGGCUGCACAGCAAAUACAAUACUACAAAGUGUAAUGAAAAAAACAAGAAGCAAUACUUUAAUACUCUAAUUAGACAGUGAACACACAUUUUGUACCUGUCUGUAUUUUGCAGAUCUUUCCAAUUUUAUCGUGUUACUAAUAAAAACAAAAUAUAA